AUGACUCUGCCCGAAGUUACGCCUCAGGCAACAGGCACAACCACGUCGCCUACCCGCCCUACACAUGUCUCGGAGCGCCAAGGGCGCUGCUAUUUUCCCAAGCAAGAGCCAUGGAAUCGUCAUAGACCAGUCAAGGUUAUUGUCACUGGAGCAGGAAUAGGCGGGAUUGCGUCUGCUGUUCUAAUAUCACAUAAAGUGAAGAAUGCAACAAUUCGGGUUUAUGAUAGGCACUCGAGAGUUGGCGGAACUUGGGCUGCAAAUUUGUAUCCGGGUGUUCCAUCCCAUGUAUACCAAUUGAGCUUUGAGCCAAACUUGAAUUGGUCCGAGUACUAUCCCAAGGGCGCUGAAAUUCAGCAAUACUACGAGCGAAUCGUGACCAAACACGGCUUAACCGAUAGCAUCUCUCUCCAGCAUGAGGUGCUGAAGGCACAAUGGCUAUCAAAUGAAUCACAAUGGGAAGUUGAGGUUCGCAAUCUAAUCACCGGGGAAACAAUCAUGGAUCGGGCAGAUUUUUUCAUUAACUCCCAAGGGCGAAUCAGUGAGCCCAGGUAUCCUUCAAUUCAUGGGCUACAUGAUACUUUCAAGGGCAGGGUCAUGCACACAGCUCGGUGGCCGAAAGACUUCGAUCACACCGGCAAGCGUGUAGCCGUCAUUGGCAAUGGCGCCAGUGGCCAGCAGCUAAUCCCCAACAUCAUCAACGACGUCGAGCACAUAGAUCACUUCGUGCGAAGUAAGACAUGGGUGGCACCAGUUUACACCGGUGAUCUUUUCAGUGCCCAAGCCGGCCAGCCUGGAGGGCCCAAGUAUUCAGAUGAAGAGCGAAAGAAGUUUCACGAGGAUCCGGCGACAUAUUUAGAGCACAGGAGGAAACUUGAGCUCUCCUUCCACCAGAGCCACAAGGGCGUAGAUGUCAUCGGAAGUGAGGCAAACGAAAAACUGCGCAAAAAGAUUACCGACGUCAUGCUUGAGAGACUGGGAGGUGAUGAGGAAUGGCUUGCUCGGGUGCUUCCGGAUUACGCGCCUGGUUGUAAAAGACUAACGCCAGGGCCGGGUUACUUAGAGUCUUUAAAGAACCCAAAGUUGGACUACAUCACGGAAGGCAUAUCACAUGUGAGCGAAACGGGUGUUGUCACAAAGGACGGAAAAGUGCAUGAGGUUGACGCAAUCAUCAUGGCGACUGGGUUCAACAAUGGUUUCACGCCUCUCUUCCCAAUCAUUGGAAAGGACGGUGUUGGUCUGAGAGAGAAGUGGGAUCCUGAAGGGGAAAUCGGGUAUCCGGAAACAUAUCUGGGCGUCAUGGCACCCGGAUAUCCGAAUUACUUCUCAAUUCUCCAGGCACAAGGGAAUGCUCGAGGGACGACGGCGCCGCGACAGAUAGAAAUCACGGUAACAUUCAUCGCCAAGUGCAUCCGCAAAAUACAGUCACAAAGCUACGUGUCCCUCGACCCCCGCCAAGACGCAGUCGACGACUUCAACGACAUCGUCAAUGGUUUUUUCGACAACAGCGUGACGCACGACAAGUGCACCAGCUGGUUCAAGCAGGGGGCCGGCGCGAGCCGGAUGCUGAUCUGGUGGCCCGGGACGCUCCACCACUGCGCUGACAUUCUGCGCGACCCAAGAUGGGAAGACUUUGACUUCAAGCGGGCCCAGCGCGCUAGACACAAUCGCUUCGAGUAUUUUGGAAAUGGCACGACUGUGAGAGACACAGUGGGCGGUGAUGAGAAGUUGACGAAUUACUUGAAGUUGGUGGGGGAUAUUGAUCUCGCUAGAUACCACGAAGAAUGGGAGGAGUAG